CGAGAGAACCACGGGAGACCGGGACAGAUGGGUCAGUCCCGAACGGGAGCGCAGCUUGCAGAAGAGAGGCGCCCCAGCAAGACUCUUUCGGGGAAUCCUCCAGUUCCUCAUCUCCAUGGGCCAGACGGCCUUGGCAGGGGGCAGCAGCAGCACCCCCACCCCACAGGCUCUGUACCCGGACCACUCUUCUCCCGAAGGCUUGGAGGAACUGCUUUCUGCUCCGCUUCCAGACCUGGAGACUCAACGGCGCCACGGCUGGAACCCCAAAGACUGCUCAGAGAACAUCGUGGUCAAGGAAGGGGGAUUGUGCUUUGAACGGCGGCCCGUAGCCCAGAGCACUGAUGGGGCCCGGGGUAAGAGGGGCUACUCGAGGGGCCUGCACGCCUGGGAAAUCAGCUGGCCCCCGGAGCAGCGGGGCACCCAUGCCGUGGUGGGUGUGGCCACGGCCAACGCCCCGCUGCAGGCCGACCACUACGCGGCGCUGCUGGGCAGCAACAGCGAGUCGUGGGGCUGGGACAUUGGACGAGGAAAGCUGUACCAUCAGAGUAAGGGGAUAGGGGCCCCCCAAUAUCCAGCCGGACCUCAGGGUGAGCAGCUGGAGGUGCCGGAGAGGCUGCUGGUGGUUCUGGACAUGGAGGAGGGAACUCUGGGCUACGCUACUGGGGGCACCUACCUGGGACCAGCCUUCCGCGGACUGAAGGGCAGGACCCUCUAUCCGGCGGUAAGCGCUGUCUGGGGCCAGUGCCAGGUCCGCAUCAGCUACCUCGGCGAAAGGAGAGCGGAGCCGCACUCCCUUCUGCACCUGAGCCGCCUGUCUGUAUGCCAGGCACUGGGGGCUGCCCGACUGGGCCAGGUAUCUGCUCUGCCCUUGCCCCCUGCGAUGAAGCGCUACCUGCUCUACCAGUGACCCUGUGAUGC